AUGGGGACUGCCAGUGUAAAUAACUUUAGAAGAACAGCCCCAGCAUCGCCGUCAACACCGCGGACCUCAGCGCGCUGUAGUGCCCCGCGGCCGGCAGGGCGAAGGCUCCGCCUCCAGGCACCGUUUUCUCGGAGGCCACCUGCUCUCUCCGCCUCAGCCCUCACGCUUGCGCACAGCGCCAAACACCGCCCGGCCGUCCUCGUGGCAUUCCCCACCCCCGGGUUCCGGGCUCCGGUUGGUCUGUUUUCCGGGACCGCCCCUUGGGCCCAGCCAAUGAGGGAGCCACCCCGGAGAUCCGCCCUCCCUGUCGGGCGGGGGCGGAGGAGCCGUGAACCCCGGCAGCCAGUGGGCAUGGCGGCGGCGGGGGUGCCUGCUGGCCGGCUGCUGAGGCUGCGUGCGGCGGGUGCCGAGGGCGGCUGGCGUCGCCUGCGCGGGGCCCCGCUGAUGCGGGGCUUCCUGCAGUCCCCGACGCGGCAGGUGGCCCACUUCACGUUCCAGCCGGACCCGGCGCCCCACCAGUACGGGCAGACUCAGAAAAUGAAUCUUUUCCAGGCAGUAACGAGUGCAUUGGAUAACUCAUUGGCCAAAGACCCUACUGCAGUAAUAUUUGGUGAAGAUGUUGCCUUUGGUGGAGUCUUUAGAUGUACUGUUGGCUUGCGAGACAAGUAUGGAAAAGAUAGAGUGUUUAAUACCCCAUUGUGUGAACAAGGAAUUGUUGGGUUUGGAAUUGGAAUUGCAGUCACGGGAGCUACUGCCAUUGCAGAAAUUCAGUUUGCAGAUUAUAUUUUCCCUGCAUUUGAUCAGAUUGUUAAUGAAGCUGCCAAGUAUCGCUAUCGCUCUGGAGAUCUUUUUAAUUGUGGAAGCCUCACCAUUCGGUCCCCUUGGGGUUGUGUUGGCCAUGGGGCUCUCUAUCAUUCUCAGAGUCCAGAAGCUUUUUUUGCUCACUGCCCAGGAAUCAAGGUGGUUGUACCCAGAAGCCCUUUCCAGGCCAAGGGACUUCUUUUGUCAUGCAUAGAGGAUAAAAAUCCUUGUAUAUUUUUUGAACCUAAAAUACUUUACAGGGCAGCAGUGGAACAAGUUCCUGUAGAUCCGUACAACAUCCCCCUGUCCCAGGCUGAAGUUAUACAGGAAGGGAGUGAUGUCACUCUAGUUGCUUGGGGCACUCAGGUUCAUGUGAUCCGAGAGGUAGCUUCCAUGGCUCAGGAAAAGCUGGGAGUGUCCUGUGAAGUCAUUGAUCUGAGGACUAUAAUACCUUGGGAUGUGGAUACAGUUUGCAAGGUAUGA